AUGACUAGUUGCAUUUUGAUCAUUUCAAUUGUUUUGCUUGUUUGUAGAAAAAAUAUUGCUUGGCGAUCAAGUGGCAAGACACAUGCUGAGCUCAUAAAUAACCUAUACAAAAAUCGAGUUAUUACAUCGGAAAUUGUAAAGAGUACGAUGCUGUCUGUAGACCGCGGGUAUUUCACGAAUUCAAGUCCAUAUCUAGACCGGCCCCGGCCAAUUGGUUUCGCUGCAACAAUUAGUGCUCCUCAUAUGCAUGCACAUGCUUUGGAAGCACUAAGAGAUCAUCUUAAACCUGGUUCACAUGCCUUAGAUGUUGGGUCAGGUAGUGGAUAUUUAACAGCGUGUAUGGCACUUAUGGUGGGCUCAACAGGUGUUGCAGUAGGCAUUGAACAUAUUAAUGAGUUAACUGAAUUUGCGUUAGCAAAUGUUGGAAAUUGGAUGAAUCAUAGUAAAGCAGCUCAGUCGGCCGGCGUAGAAUUGGGAAAACAACUGAAACUUGUAACUGGUGAUGGUCGUCAAGGUUGGCCAGCUGAUGCCCCUUAUGAUGCUAUUCAUGUUGGUGCUGCAGCUCCAACUAUUCCUAAUGCCUUAAAAGAACAGUUAAGCGUUGGUGGUCGUCUAGUUUGCCCUGAAGGACCAGAAGGUGGAGAUCAAGUUCUAGUUCAAAUUGAUCGUUUACCAGAUGGUUCAUUCCGGCGUGAAUCACUUAUGGAUGUGGUUUAUGUACCACUAACGGACAAAAAUUUGCAAUUAGGACUAAGAUACAAGUUAACAACAACAACAACAUCACCACCACCAUUAUCAUCAUCAUCAACAGCAGCAGCACAACAGUCUAAAAGUAUUCCAGAUUAUAGUAAUGGGCUACUAGUAGUGCUGCCAGUGCUUUGUAUUGUUCUGGUUUUGCUCACUAUACAUCUACAAAGAUGA